AUGUCUUCAGAUUUUAUGGGUGAUAAGAAACAUCUUAAUAUUCCAUUUUUUGAUCCAACAAAACCUCCACCAAAUUUUAAUUUAUUUAUUGAUGAUGGUAAUUUACUAAAUACACCAUUUGCACCACCAGAAUUAAAAAAAUCAUUUGGUGAAAAUGUAAUAUUAAAAAGUUUAAGAAGAACUAGUGAUGUUGAUACUCAAUUACUAACACCAAAAAUAAUAUCUCCAGUUAAGGCAGUAUUUACAUCACCAAUACAACCACCACCACCACCAAUGCCUAAUUUGGUUCUUCCACCAAAACCAAUAACACCACAAAAUACAAAUAAUAAACAAUCUAAUAAUACAAAAAUGGAUCAAAUUGAUAAGGCUUUUAUCAAUAAAGCUAUUGCACCAUUAGAAUUAAAAAAAAAUUGUACAAAUUCAAAUUCAACAUCUAUAAUACAAUCAUUACAUUCAGCACCACCAUAUGAAAAUAAAAAUUCUAAAAAUUGUUUUUUUCGUUAUAAAACUAAACAAAAUAUUAAAAAAUUAAAUGUUCCAUCAAGUGUACCUAUACCAUCAUUACGUCCAAAAACAUUUAAUUUUAAUGGUAGAAAAAUUUCAUUUACAAAUAAAGAAAUGCCUGAAAAAUCUCUUAAACCAAUUUUACGAGAUACUGGUAAUGAUUAUAAAUAUAUUCAACAGAACAAAUAUUUUGAUAAUGCUUUAUCAGCUUUUCAAAUAAUAUGUUUAGAAGAAAAUAAAAAUGAAGCUAUAAAAACAUCUUUAAAAGCACAUCAUCGUAUACUAGAGUACAAAGAAUGUUUUGUUUUGAUGAAAAUGCUUAAUGAUUCAUCUUCAAAGUUAUAUAAAUACAUUAAAAAUGGUUUAGAUAAAAAAUAUUUAAUAAAAGAAUUAUACAAUAUUAUAGAGGAAAAAUUUAAAAAACAAGAAUUUAAAUCUGUUACUCAUCCCAGAAUAAGUAUUGUUUAUAAUAUUGUUAAAGAAUAUGAAAAAAUUAUAGAAAGAGAAGAAAGUAAUUUACCAAUUAAUGAUAAUUAUGAUGAAAAUGAAAUAAAACCUUAUAGGCAAGGUAGUGAAAAUAUUAGACAAUUUAUUAAAGAAAAAAACCCAAAAGAAGUUGUUGCAUUUUAUAAAAAAAGAAAUGAAGAUUUAGAUAAAAAUGAUAAAAAAUAUGUUAAUAUAAAAGAUUUAGUUAAAUUAUUAAAAAAAAGAAAUAGUUGUGAGUUAUAUUCAUAUAAACAAAAUGAUCCAUUAGUUGCUGUAAUUAAAAAAGUCAGAGAACUUACAAAAUCUGGAGUGAUAGAAAGAUUAAAAAUUCAUAAAGUUUUAGUUAAUAAAGAAAAAAAUCAUAAAUCUGGAGACAAAUUGGAAAAAGAAAAAAAAGAUUUAGCAUCAAUUAAAGCAAUUGUAUUAGAAAAAGAAAUACAACUUGUAUCAAAUAUUUUUAACAAUACAACAAAUAGUGAUAAAGUACUAAGAGAAUCAUUAACAAAUAAAUCUAGUAAAUUUCAAAAUACUCCAUAUAAUAAUUUUAUGAGAGUAAAAAAAAUAUUUAAUGAUAUUAGAUAUGAAACUAAAUUUAAAGAUGCAAAUAAUUUUAAACCUUUAUACAAAAUUUUUGAAGAUGGUGGAACAAGAAUGUUUUAUGUAAUUGAUCGUAUAGAUAAAAAAAGGUGCAUUUUAAAGGAGUAUCUUAAUUUUGGUAGUAAUGAAAACUUAAUAAUUCAAUUUAAAAGUGAAAUUGAAUGUCUUGUUAAAAAUCGAGAACGUAUGUUUGAACCUAUUUUAGGAUUUGCACUUAAUCUUAGACUUAAUCGUCUAUAUAUUGGUUAUGGAAUUAAUAAUAAUACUUUGGAGAAAGUUGUCAAAGAUGAUAAUUAUGUACCAGAUAUAUCAUUUAUACGUUUUAUUUCUCAACAAAUAAUUGAAGGUCUUUAUCAUUUAGAACGAAUAGGAAUAGUACAUAAAGAUAUAAAACCGGGUAAUAUAUUUGUAAAAUCAGAUAAUAAACGAAUAACUAUUGGCAAUUUUCAUUACAGUAGUUAUAUAAAAGAACCAAACAAUCUAGUGUAUAAUGAUAAAUCUUAUAAUUAUAGAGCUCUUGAAGCCUAUAUUGAACCCUUAAAAUUAACACAUGCUGUUGAUAUGUGGGGUGCUGGAUGCGUUAUAUAUGAAAUGUGUACUGGUGGUUUUCCUUUAUUUGAAGGAAACACUCCGUUAGCAGUUGUUGGUAGUAUUUAUAAAGUAAUUGGUGCCCCAUCAAGAGAAUUGUGUCAUGGAUAUGAUAAAAUUUUCUUUUAUAGAUAUAUACAUUUUGCUAAAACUCGCCCAACAAAAUUAAAUUUUAGCAUGCAAAGUUUAAAUCCAUAUUUAGAAGAUUUUUUUAAUAAAAUAUUUACACAUAAUGGUUCAGGAAGAAUAAAACCAUAUGAUGCAUUAUUUCAUCCAUAUUUAGAAGAUAUAUCAGGUGAAGGAAUGAAAACAAGUGAAAAAUGGCAUAUGAAAUAUGAAAAAUUAAAAGAUCAUUCGUUAAAAUUUGAAAAACAGGUUCGUUAUAUAAAUUUAUUAAUUGAAAAAUUAAAAGAACAACAAGAUCGAAGAAAAGAAAUUUCAAAUGAUAUUUCAAAAAUAAUGUUGGAAAAAUUAUCAGAAGAUACGGAAGAAUUUUUAAGAUUAAAAAAUUUAAAUAGAAAAAGAAAAUGUUUACCAAAUUUAAAUAUUUUACCUAAAAAAAAGAAACUUACUUUAGAUGAUGUUAAAAUAUUAUUAAAUAAUAUAAAACCAUCAAAUCAAUUUAAUGUAAAAAAAUUAUUAGAGUUAUAUAAAGGAAAGAAUGUUCUAAAUAUUUUUGUGACAAAACCACUUUUUAGGAGAAUUCUUAUUAGAACUGGAAGGAUUUCUGUUUCUUUAGCCUAUGAAUUAUUAGCCAGAAUUGAAACUGGAAAAUUAAGGUUGAAAGAUGUAAAAUCAAGUAAAAUAAUGAGGAAGAAAAUCAUGAAUAUUCAGGCAAGUGAAAAAAUUAAAAGAGAAAAAAGAAUAUUAAAAGUUAAGAAAUUAAAUAAGAAUAAAUUAAAGAAAAGCAAAAAGUCAAUUAAUUUUUGUAAAAAAAAUGAUGAAAAUAAAAAAGUAUUAAAUAAUACUAAAUCUGAAAUCAAAAAAAAUCACCAUUUAAAAAGUAAUGUUCAAUGUAAAAAAAAAUCAAAUCUUCAAUCAUUUAUUGGAGGAAAGAAGAUAAAACUAAAGAAAAAACCAAUAUUUGUUAUACCAAAAUUACCAAAAAACUUGUCAAAAGACAAAAAUUUAAAGAAUUCAGAAUCUAAUGUUGAUAAAGUAGUAAAAAAUAAACAAAAAUUAAAAAAAGAAAAAAAGAUUAAAGAAAAAUCAAGUAAUAUUUUAGAAUUUCCUUCUGACAAAAGUACCUCAAAGAAGAAUGAUAAUAUUGAUAAGAUGGAAAAAAGUAAAGAAUUAGAAAAAUUACCAUUACCAAAAAAUUUAGAAUCAAAAGUAGUAAAAUCAACAAAACCUUUUCCACAAUGUUUGAUGCCUGAUGAUGAACCAUGUAGUAGUAAAUCAAUUGUAAAAGCAAAAGAUAAACCAUGGUAUGAAAUAAAAACAAUGCCAUCACUUCCAUAUGACAAGGCACCAAAAAUAUACAUACCACCUGAUACUCAAGUAAUGCCUAAACGAACAUUUAAUUCUAUACAUAAACAAUUAAGAAAAAAUUCAAAUAAAUCAUCUCAUAAAAGUCAAACAAUUAAACCAUUAAAAAUACCACCUGUAUUAACACCAGCAGAAAGAAUUCAAAAAUUGAAAGCACAAACACCAUUGUUUUCACCACCAAAUUUGCAACAAUUUAGUAAACCAUCACCAACUAUCAGUCAUUUAUAUAAUCAAUUAUCAAAUAAUAAGUCUUCUCCUGCUUUAAAAUCAACAGAUCUUAUCAGUGAUAAUAAUCCUUUUCGUAAAGAUAGACUUGAUCGUGAUUUAAAAAGGCAAUCAUUAACAAUAAAAGAUAGAUUAUUUGAGAGAAUAACAACUCCUCCAAAACCACCAAAUUUAGUAUUUUCAAAAAACCAACCAUUUGCUGAGAAUGAAGGUACAAUUAAAAAUCUUUUGAUUGUAGAAAAAGAUAAAAUACAAAAAAAAAUCGAUGAUUAA